AUGUCGGUCAUGGACAGUUUGACGAUGACUGGCCAUGUUCCAACCGUUCAUUUUUACCGGCGACCAGAAUCAAAUGGUGAAGAUGGUUCAAGUUUCUUUGAAGCUGAGGUGCUUAAGGAGGCUUUGAGCAAAGUUCUCGUGGCGUUUUAUCCGAUUGCAGGAAGAUUAGCAAGGGAUGAAAAUGGGAGGCUGGAGAUUGAUUGUAAUGAAGAGGGAGUUUUGUUCUUUGAGGCUCAAACAAAUUGCGUUCUUGAUGAUUUGGGAGAUUUCACUCCAAGCUUCAAGAUUUCUCAACUUGUUCCAAAAACUGAAUCUUUUAACCAUUUCUCUUCUUGUCCACUCCUUGUAAUACAGUUGACUUUUUUCAAGUGUGGCGGAGUGUGUCUCGGAAUUGGAUUGCAUCAUGCAGUUGCUGAUGGACCUUCCGGAAUCCAUUUCAUCAACACAUGGGCUGAUGUGGCAUGUGGUUUACCCAUUAGCAUCGCACCGUUCAUUGAUCCAACAAUACUUCAUGCGAUGACCCCACCUAAUCCUACGUUUGACCACACCGAAUAUCACUCAUCUCCUUCUAUGAAAACUCAACAAGUAGAAACAAGUGCAGUAGUCCGUUCUACUUCCGUUGCUAGCCUCAAAAUAUCAAGCGAUCAAAUCAAUACCCUUAAAGCAAGAUUAGAAAAAGAUUAUGGUGCUAAGUGCAGUACUUAUGAGAUCUUAACUGCCCAUAUUUGGCGUUGUUUGUGCAAGGCACGUGGAUUAUCCGAUGAUCAACCAACUCGGUUAUACAUACCGACAGAUGGACGAUCAAGAUUGAAUCCUCCACUCCCAUCAGGUUACCUUGGCAAUGUAAUAUUUAUAACUUCUCUAAUUUUCCUUUCAGAUGAAAUCCAAUCAGAACCAUUGAUUUCAACUAUAGAAAAAAUUCAUAAAGAAUUGAAGAGGAGGGAUGAUGAAUACUUGAAAUCAGCUCUUGCUUAUUUGGAACAAAACCAUGAUGAGAUGACUCACAACCUAUUCCAAAGGGCUCACUCUUUCAAAUCUCCUAACCUAAAGAUCACUAGUUGGAGUCAUAUGCCCAUUUAUGAGGCUGAUUUUGGAUGGGGCCGCCCAAUAUUUGUAGGCCGGGCUAGUCUCCCCAUUGAAGGGGCAACUUAUAUUUUACCAGGCCCAUAUAGGGAUAAGAGUUUGUCAUUGGUCCUAUGUUUAGAGACCCACCACAUGGAGCUCUUUAAGAAGUUGUUUUAUGAUUUUGACAUAGAAGGAUGGCAAUAA